AAGCGUAGCUGAAGGCGUGUUUGCCUGUCUCGUUAAAUAUGCACGUCUACGGCAGAGAGUCAUGCGCUCACGGUGUACAGAUUAGUUAACUUAGUUACACCAUGCCCAUCACACAACAUAUUGAAUAUAUUGAUUCUAAACAGACUGUAUGAAUGAUUUUGGAUGGACUCAUUUGUGACCCAGACAAAGAAACGCAGUGAGCGGAAUAUUCAUUGGGAGAAAGAGCAUCACUGCAAAAAGUUUAAAGCUUGUGAUGAAGAGGAAGGAGAGGAAGAGGAGACCUCUAUUGAAGAAGAGUUCUCUCACCCUCUCCCUUGGAAGAAGAUUGAAGCAGAGGGACUGGACUGUGACUACGCACAGCUUUUUCCAAAAGAGGAAGCAGACAGGCUUUUUAAACAACUGGAGGAAGAGGUGGAGUAUUUCACAGAUGAGAUGGCUCAGGUUCGCGUGUUUGGGAAGCUCCACAGUGUUCCUAGGAAGCAGGCCACUUACGGGGACCCAGGCCUGAUGUACACUUACUCUGGGGUACAUCAUCUGGCUAGGCCAUGGACCCCAACACUGGAGUACAUACAUGGGGCAGUCACCAAGGCCACCGGACGCACCUUCAACUUUGUUCUUGUAAACAGGUACAAAGAUGGCAGCGAUCACAUAGGUGAGCACCGCGACGACGAGAAGGACCUGGACCCCGGCUUCCCCAUCGCCUCCGUGUCCCUGGGGGCGGCCCGGGACUUUGUGUUCCGGCACGGGGAGGCCCGCGGCCGAAACGCGCGGCGCCAGGUCGACCCGGUGCGGCUGGAGCUGGCCCACGGCAGCCUGCUGCUCAUGAACCCGCCCACCAACCAGCACUGGUACCACAGCCUGCCGGCCCGCAGGAGGGUCCUCACCCCGCGCAUCAACCUCACCUUUCGACACAUCAUCAGUCCGCAAGGACCGGGACCUUCCCAACGACCGAGGCCUUCCCAGAAACUGGGACCUUCCCAGUGACUGAGACCUUGCCUGUGACUGAGACCUUCCCAGAAACUGUCAUCUUCCCUGGAACUGGGACCUUCCCAGUGACUGAGACUUUCCUAGUGACUGGGACCUUCCCAGUGACUGAGACUUUCCUGUCAUGUCAUGGGUUUGAAUUAUUGAUGCACUUGUAAAUACAAUUCACCAAGUAGAAAUGUUUAAUAAAUAUUAAAAGGUA